AUGUUUUUAUGCAACACGAGUGCCAUCAAGGAUUGGAGCUACUUCCUGUCUCAGAUUCUGCCUCUGAUGAAUAAAACAACGGGCUUGGUCAGCAUCGACAAGGCGGAGGCGGUGGCGACCAGCAGCCCGCCGCUCCACUCCAACCACACCUCGGGCAUGGAGCACGUCUUCCAGUCCUCGGAGAGCGACCUGCUGUUCACCGACCACCGGACCCCGGGCAGAGACCCCAUCCCGCUGCCCAAGGCGGUGCUCUACCUGGUGGUGGCCGCGCUGGUGGUGGUGGCGGUGGCGUACGCGAUAGUUGGACACCUGGUGAAAGAUGUGGUCAAUGACUUUGUUGUUGGUGGAGGCCGGUCCAUUGUUGCUGAAGGUGAAACCAACGAACCAGAUCUGAUGCUUGGACCUCGUCGAGUUACAAACCAGAACAAGACGGAGAUCAACUGCGUCGCGAGCAGCAUGAACGAGACGAGCCACAUGUCCCUGAACCGGAUGAACUGCCUGAGCUCCAGUGGACAGACGGAGGAGACGGUGGUCACCAUCGACGAGACGGUACCGCUGCGACCCCCGGACACUCGCUCAGGGACUUAACCCUGACCCUCAGACUUUUCCCUGAGAGAAAAGCAAGGCAGCGUAUUUGUCUGGGUUUCUCAUUGGAGUGGAAAGUGUGUCAUGAAUCAAAGCUCUUUCCGCUGUUUCAUCACCUGCAGGUGUCGAGGCCUCAAAGGACGACGGACUGUGAAGCUGCUGGAACAUUGGAGGCUUCAGAUGCUGGAGAUGCUCUCAACUCUUCAUAGUGACUGUCGAGGAAAGAUGCAGCUUUGUCAGGAUGAACAAUCUGAGGAAAAAAGUAUAUUUCUUGUCCUCAUCGCAGUAUUAUCACAGCUUUAUUGUGAAAAUACUCAGUUCCCUGCAUCCACAGCCACACAGUGACUCUACAUACACAAUCAGUGUGUGGUCAGAUUAACUGGAGAUCUAGUUACUGAAUGCAGAUGAAAUGCCAACGUUUGUUAUUACCAAUCUAAUCCAUUAUGAUUACAAAAGAUAUGAUCUAAACGGAUUACUUCUGAAUCAAAGACUGGAAAAACCGCACCUCAAAUUAGAAAACAAAAAUUCACGAAGUUCCACAAAUAUUAUCGUGAAACACCUAAAAAUAUAUCAGUGCGAUAAAAAUGCAUUUUGCACAUUUAGCAUUUGUACGUUAGCUAACGAGCUAAUUCCUGCUGUUAUCAAUCGUAGUUUAUAACUGUGUCAGAUGCAAAACAGCCGAUGACCCUGGUGGUGACAAUCGUUUAAAUACAAUUCAAGCUGAAGUAGAAAAAUAAAAACUCUUCCCACAUUUCUUUUUCUGCACAUUAGCUCGUUGACUGUGAAGGAAACUUUCCUCCACAUGUUUCUUCAGAGUUUAAUCAACGUCUUUGCAGAUGACGACUUCAUUUAUGUCUCAAACAAGCUGCUCUGGACACGGACGUUCUUGUGUUGAAAGCUUUUUAAAUCAGAAGAUGUUUACCGGUCUGAACCUUUAAUCCUUUUCAAUUGAAAACAUUUAUAUUUUAAUAACUCAACUGAAAAGUAAUCAUGUAAUCCUUGACAAUGUAACUAUAAUCUAAUAAUCUGGACUACCUGGUAGACAGAACACGUUGGUCAGUAUUUAUUGUGAUAUUGCUGAUACAAAUACCUCAUUUCAAUCUUUUUUUUAUGUUGCAACCCAAUAUUACACUCAAAUUUGUGUCACACAUCAAAUGAUACAGGAAGUAUAAACACUGUCUCCUUUUUGUGUAACAAAAUUUGGUGGCAAACAAAUUGUAAAUAGAUAAAAUAGAAUCAUUUUGUAGUUUCAUGUUAUUA